AUGGCUGCCACAACCGUAGCUCAUGGUGUCAAGACACUCGGCGUCGUGGGUGCAGGCCAGAUGGGUCUUGGCAUCGCUUACGUUGCCGCCUUGCGUGCGCAGAUCCCCUCGGUGCUCCUCUGCGACGCGUCUCCAGCAGCCUUGGAAAAGGGUGUGAGCUUUUUUGAGACGCUACUCAAGAAGGAUGUCAGCAAGGGCAAGAUUCAACAAGCUGAUGCUGACGCUGCACGAGCACGCCUCAUCACGGUGGAAAGGUUGGAAGAUUUCGCCAGCAAAGGAGGAAACGGUGCCGCUGACAUGGUCAUCGAGGCAGCAACCGAGAACUUGACGACCAAGCAAAAGAUCUUUGGUACGCUUGCAUCGAGUUUGCCACUCGAGACUAUCCUGGCUACCAACACGAGCAGUAUCAGCGUCACCAAGAUUGCCGCUAGUGCAGUGGGCGUGCAUGUCAAACCUGGUUCGGAAGAGGCUUGGAAGAGCCCUGCUAGAGCGUUGGGCAUCCACUUCUUCAAUCCGGUCCCCGUCAUGCCUCUCGUCGAGCUCAUUCCGGCUAUCCAAACCAGCGCUGAUGUAGUGGACCGUUCGCGAGCGUUUGCACAGGCGUGCGGCAAAGAGGUGACCACGUCAAAGGAUGUGCCCGGCUUUGUCUCGAAUCGUCUGCUCAUGCCGUUCAUCAACGAAGCCGUCAUGGCGCUCGAAAAGGGCAUUGCGUCCAAGGAGGACAUCGACAAGACUCUGCGUUUGGGUAUGAACCAUCCCAUGGGCCCAUUGACACUCGCCGAUUUCAUUGGCCUCGACACUUGCCUCAGCAUCAUGGAGACGCUUUACAGGGAAACGGCUGACAGCAAGUACCGACCCGCCGUCCUACUCGGCCGCAUGGUCGACGCUGGCUGGUACGGCAAGAAAAGCGGAAAGGGUUUCUACGACUACGCGGCCAAGUAA